AUGUCGACAACAUGUCUGACUUGCAAAAGACUGCAUCUCAAAUGCGCGUGGGCCUCAGAUGACGCCGCUCCCGCUGGCUUGCUGACCUCUCGGGCCGACCACUCAUGUAUUCGAUGCAAAGCAACUGGCAAGAAUUGCAUCCCGGCCCCCGCUAUUCGGUUCAAGCAUUCUACCGAGGCGCCCAGGGCUUCCGAUUGUACGUGGGUUCGUUACCCGCGGCGUUUCCACUUUGUCGAUGAGACACAGGAACUAGAAGCGUUGUAUUGGACCGAUGAUGGAAGCCCGCCUUAUGCGAGAUAUUCCAAUCAACCAUCCCCAGAACUGCACGCUCAUAGACCAGACCCUGCUGCGGACUCUGAGAACCAUCCAGCACAUCAACCUAUACAAGAGCCACGACGAGCCUUGACAAUAAGCCCUCACAGCCGUCCAAUCUCAACUCCAGCAACAAGCUGGAAAGAAGUACCGACACCAAUAUCUCUGGCUCCAACUUACAUUCCAAUACCGCCGGGCUCAGUACUCGGCUUAGCCAAUUAUGGACAUCACGGGGAUGCCGUCUUUCCAUUUACCCAGCCUCACGAGGUGCGGUUGAUGAAAUACUACUUGGAAUACAUGUGUACUUGGUUUGAUCUUUGUGAUGCCCGCCGCCAUUUCGCCAUCGUCGUCCCCCAAAGGGCAAUAACCUGCCCGACCCUACUCAACGCAAUAUUCGCACUCUCAUCGCGCCAUCUCAGCUUAAACGGCCAAUACGAUCCGUAUGCCUCGGACCGCUACCACCAAGAAUGCCUCAAACAUCUGACCACAAUCUCCAAUGACUCCUCCGCCCUGACGAAUGACGACCUCCUCGCUGCUACGAUUCUCCUCCGCACACUGGAAGAACUUGACGUGCCCAUUUUAGGCACUGACCACGAAGGCCACCUCCUGGGUAUCCAGCUCUUCAUGAACAACCAGAACACUGCCUCAACACCGCCGAGCCCCUUGAGACAGGCUUCGUUCUGGGUGGGCUUGAGACAGGAGAUCACGAUGGCGUUCGCUACGCAGAGGCCGAUCAAGGUGAAGCUGGACCUCUUGUUCAUCGACCGUUCAUUCUCGCCUUCGGACGAUGAUUGUUGGGCGAACAGGAUUGUGGUACACUGCGCCGAAGUGGUGCAGUUUUGCUUCGGAGAGGUUGAGAAUCGCAGCAGGGAGUACCAGAGACUAGUUGAGUAUGACCGCAACUGGCUGAGAGCAAGGCCGGUGUCCUGGCUGCCUAUUGCGUACAGCGAGCCGGAUCCUUCAGCGAAUGAGGUGUUUCCCCAAAUACUUUACAUCAACCAUGCCGUCGUAUUAGUGAUAGGCAAUGUACACGGAGCUCUUGCGCGGGCACUACUAAUGUGUCACGACGAGAGCAUCCCGCGGAUAGGCCCUGCUCGAAAGCUAGCCAGGCAAAAGCUAGACAACGAUAUCAGGAUGCAAAUCAGGGAGUUAUGCGGCACGGCUCUGUCAAACAGGGACACUAUCCCAGCCAUGUUCACAGCUAGCAUGGGCGUGACCGCCUGCGGAGACAGAUUCACAGACCGCGCGGAGCAAAAGGCUCUGUUGGACAUCUUGGUGAAGACGGACGUAGAACACAUGUGGCCGACGGGCUCUGCGCUGUCCCAUCUGAAGAGGGCAUGGGGUUGGGGAGACGACUGCUGA